GCACUGAUCAUCGACUCGAACCUUCAAUAUAUGAAUGAAGCUUUGGGCUUUGGGCUUUCAGAGUUCAAAGUUGAAACUGUGAGAUAAGAUGGUAGAAGCAAGGCUAGUCUGCUUAAUAGUGAUGUGGUGCUUGACAGCUCCAAGGGUGGCUGAAGCAGCCAUUGGAGUGAACUGGGGCAUCCUGUCAUUCCACAGGCUCAAGCCUUCCACUGUUGUAGAUCUCUUGAAAGACAACAAGAUAUCCAAAGUUAAGCUUUUCGAUGCAGACCCAGAUUCCCUUGAGGCUCUCAUGGGCUCCGGGAUUCAGGUCAUGGUUGGAAUUUCAAAUGACAUGUUGCCCUUCUUGAGCUCUUCCGCUGAUGCCUCUGAUUUGUGGGUCCGUCGCAAUGUCUCUAGAUACGUCGUUAAGAAUGGCGUCGAUAUCAGGUAUGUUGCAGUUGGAAAUGAGCCAUUCCUUACUAGUUACUCUGGUCAAUAUCAGCCUUAUGUCAUGCCUGCAUUGCUCAAUCUUCAACAGUCCUUGGCUAAAGUGAAUCUCGCAAGUUAUGUGAAGUUAGUUGUACCAUGUAAUGCUGAUGCCUAUGAGGCUGCACUUCCUUCUCAAGGGGCAUUUCGACCAGAACUAACAGAAAUUAUGACUCAACUUGUUUCAUUUCUCAACUCAAAUGGUUCUCCUUUUGUGGUCAACAUCUACCCAUUUCUAAGUCUCUAUGGGAGCUCAGAUUUCCCUCAAGAAUAUGCAUUCUUCGAGGGGACUAGCCAUUCUGUCACAGAUGGGUCUGCUGUUUAUAACAAUGCAUUUGAUGGAAAUUUUGACACACUGGUUGCGGCCCUGAGCAAACUGGGAUAUGGUCAGAUGCCUAUAGUUAUUGGGGAAGUGGGUUGGCCGACAGAUGGAGCCAUCAGUGCAAAUCUCACUGCAGCAAAGACAUUCAACCAAGGCCUGAUAAAAAAUGUUCUAAGUAACAAAGGAACUCCUCUAAGGCCAGGUGUCCCUCCGAUGGAUGUAUAUCUUUUUGGUCUGCUUGAUGAAGGGACAAAGAGCACACUUCCAGGCACCUUUGAAAGGCACUGGGGAAUUUUUUCCUUUGACGGCCAGGCUAAGUAUCCGUUGAACCUUGGUUUAGGCAGUAGACAAUUGAUAAAUGCAAGGAAUGUUGAGUAUCUACCGUCUAGGUGGUGCGUGGCAGACCCAGCAAGGGAUUUAUCUGCUGUGGAAAGCCACAUGAAACUUGCCUGUAGUGUUGCAGAUUGCACCACACUCGGCUAUGGGGGAUCAUGUAACGGAAUUGGUGCAAAGGGAAAUAUCUCAUAUGCCUUCAACAGUUACUAUCAGGUCCAAAUGCAGAAAGAACAGAGCUGUGAUUUCGAUGGGCUUGGUAUGGUCACUUUUCUAGACCCUUCAAUGGGUGAGUGCAGGUUUCUUGUGGGCGUUACUGCAUCUAGUGCUACUUCCUUUUCUCAGCUACAACACAGUUCGGCCAUUGUUUGGAUUUGGAUUCUUAUUUCAUGGAGGGUUUGGAUUUGUGUGAUAUAAGGUUCCUCAAGCGGGUUUUUCAAAGUCCCUGUCUUCUGGAACUACUGCUAUUUGUGAUGAGCAUCAUAGGAUAUGAAUACUAGUGAUCAGAUAAAUUAUUCCAAGAUUUAGAGUAGGUGGUGUGUACUUAGUGAAUGUAUUCAUACUAAGAGUAUUGAAUUGUUUGAAUGUCGAUGUUUAUAAAUCUAAUGAUGAAAUAGUACAAAGCAAAAGUACUGUUUA